AGUUACCAGCAACGAGACUUGUAGCAGCCCAGCCCCACCAGUAUAUAACACCCUCAAGAUUGAUGGUUUAGUUGUGGUGGUUCAAUUGGAUCUACCUCCAGCUUGACUAGCUAGCUUCAAAGAGGUUUUUAAGAAUGAAGAUAUUUAGCUGGAUGCAAAGCAAGCUGAAUGCAAAGCAAGUGAUGAAAAAGGGGAAUACAGCUAACAAUUCUAUUGGGGGACAAGCAGCUACUUCAAAAGAAGAAUUUAGUGAUUGGCCUCAAUCACUGCUAUCAAUUGGAACAUUUGGAAUCACUACUUUGAGAACAGAUCCAGAAGAAAGCCAUCCACAGACACCAACACCUGAACAAGUCCAAGAAGAAUUCAUCUCUUAUUUGGACACAGAAGAAGAAGAAGAAGAAGAAGAAGAAGAAGAAGAAUCAGAUCCAGCUUUCGAAGACAGACAAGCGCAUCUACAAUGUAGCAUGCUCUCUAGAGGGAAGGACAUCUUGGUGGAUAAUAAAAACAGCGUCGUCAAAAAGAAAUCACUUACUUUUCUACUUAGGAAAAUCUUCACAUCCAGAAAUAGGUUAAAUCGUGUCGUAAGAGAUUCAUUACCCGACCCGACCUUUGACAAGUCAAGAAUGGAAAAGAUGUUAAGGGCUAUUCUGAACAAGAAGAUACAUCCCCAAACUUGUACCGCAAAGCCAACGCCAAACAAGUAUUUGUUGACCAAAGAUAUAUCCAUGGACGAGGAUGAUGAUGAGAAUGAAGGAAGCACAUGGGUUAAGACUGAUUCUGAAUAUAUUGUUCUAGAGAUUUGAUUGGCAUUAAUAUUGCACAAAGUGGAUCUCAGAUUGAAUUGGUUUAAGAUUUGAAGAAAGAAAAAACAAGUUCAAGGAUGUCGUUUGUAAUGUUACUUGCACCAACAAUUAAUAGUUGGUUUUUUUUGUAACAAGAUGAAAUUUUUAUCCUUGAAGAAGAGCAUGUUAU